GAUGUCGCAGUACGUAUAGGUAGGCUCACUUCCUGUUUGAAGUUGCACGUUUUAACAAAGAAGUAGUGUGAUUGUACUUAAUAAAGCUUUUUUUUUAUAAAACGUAUAAUGGCGGAUGCUACAGCAGAAAAGGUUCAAGAAUACAAGGAUUCUCUUAAAACUAAGGCAGAACAGCUAUUAAUAACAGGAUUCCCAGAGAAGAUCGUAAAAUUAAAUGAAUUAUUGGAAACACCUGGUUUCCGUAAUCGCAAAUUGACAGAUGUUCAUCAAGACUUAAAUGUGCCCAUUCCAGACCCUAUAGUUCUUAAUCAUUCCGAAGAUGGACCUAUUACGAAAAAAAUUAAAAUGGACAAUAGUGUGGAUGAAACUAGCGGAACCAAAGUUAUGAUUCUUCCUAAUGGACCAGUACCAUGUAAUAAACCUUUAUGUGAAUUAAUUCAUGUGGUAAAACCAUAUAUCAGACAACUCUUGGAGGAUUCUAAUCUGUUGAAAAUGUGGAUUUCAUUUUUGAUUCCAAAAAUUGAAGACGGUAAUAAUUUUGGUGUAUCAAUUCAAGAAGAUACGCUUGCAGAAAUACAAUCUGUAGAGAGUGAGGCUGCUGCAUUCUUUGAUCAAAUUUCUAGGUAUUUUAUCUCUCGAGGAAAAAUUGUUAGUAAAGUUGCAAAAUAUCCACACAUUAUUGAUUAUAGAAGAGCGAUCCAAGAAUUAGAUGAAAAAGAAUAUGUGAGUUUAUGGCUUGUAAUGUGUGAAGUCCGCAAUCGCUACUGUUCAUUACAUGAUCUCGUCAUCAAAAACUUGGAAAAAAUCAAAAAACCACGCUCUUCCAAUGCGCAAUCUCUCUACUAAAUAUAUGAGUAUUCCCUGUAUAUGUGUACAGGAUGGUCGAAGUGCAAAAAUAAUCGCAUUAAAGGAGCGUGCCUAAAACUUCAUGAUAGGAGAGAAUAAAGCUCAACCAUUGCCAUCCGCGCUACCAUCUUAGAUAUUGACUCUAAUGCCUUGACAUUAGUCCAUCAUUCUUUCGACCAAUUAUAGUACUAUGGAUAAACCACAUAGUUGCCUCACACACAUUACAUGGAGAAUAUGUUUUAGCUUAUUUAUAUGCAGAAAGGUUGAUGUAGCUGAGAUUAUUGUAUACAGUAAUAAGAAAGAGCAUCGAAACCUAAUAUCGUUCAAUACUUUCUUGACACUUAUGCUGAAUCGUAUGGUUCUAUAUUCAGAUCAUCAUUAGAGUGCUCCUAUACACUUAUCACUGAUGUUACACAUUCAGGAAUUUCAUUCGAUUUGCUUUUCUGAUUCCUUACAUCAAUUUUAUCGACGGAUUAAAUGGUAUAGUGAAUUUGUACUACUGGAUAGAAAAAUUAAAGCAUUUUUAUGAGGAAACAUUUUAAACACCAUCGUAUUGAAUUUAGAAUGAUCAAAGGUAUGAUCUAUAAUUUACAUUAAUAAAAAUAUCAAAAUAUGAAUCGAAGCAUAAUGUAAAAAAGAUAAAAUGAACUUUCUUGUCAUUGGUGAUUCGUGUAUCAUUUAUAGCUGUAUAAAGUAGAAUAUGGAAUAAAUAUGUGCAACUUUAUGGUUGGUGUGUUAUACACUACUAUUAAUAAUUCAGUAUUUACACUUAUUAUCAUGAAUGCAACUUUUGCUUUAAUAUUUUUACAUUAUUUGAGGCGUAAUGAUGGAUGAUAUGGCAAGAUUAAAAAGAUUUACCCAAUGUCUCAAUAAAUGAUACAUGAAAUGUCAUAUAUCAUUGAUCUUUAAUGAGUUAAUUUAAACUUGUGAAUGUAUUAAAAGCGGCACAACCAGAUUAUUUAAAUAAAAUUUCUUCAGUAAAUAAUACAGUUUUUUUAGCCGUGGUAUAAAGUUUAAUUAACUACUGUUUCUUUGAUUUUGUUUAGCAUUUUCUAUUUCUUCUCUGUAUAUGAAGAUGAUAAGUUUAAAGAGGAAACAUAAAAAUGUUAUUUACAUUUUACUGAGAUUGUAAAUAAUAUAUUAUCUUGUACACAUAAUUGAAUAUUUUGGAAUGACAAAAAGACAAUUUGUACGCUCCUUGGGGAAAAAAAGAAAAAAAAAAAAAAAAAAAAAAAAUAUGUAUACAUCAUUGUAAACCAUUUUGUGUCUUUUAAAAAGGAUAGUCAAUUGAUGUACCAAGAAUUUAACGUAGUAUUCAUUAUAUUUUUUGUCAUAAUGCAUCUUAUAUCAUUCAUGAUUCUUUUUGCUUAUUUUGUUCAUUACUGUAAUGGAAUAAACAAUUAUUUCAUUUAUUACAAAUGGAAAACUUAAAAAGAAAGUUUAUGUAUUUUGUAUCAAUCUUGAUCAGUUACAAGCAUUGUAGUAAUUAUUCAAUUUUGAAAUUAUCGAGAUAAUAUUAAUAAAAUAAGACUUCACAUUCAAUAUCUGA